UUCCCUGUAACAUCGCGAGAUUUGACGAGGGCCUGGCUGGAAAAUAUUUAUGUUGUUUUCGGGAUUUUCUGUUCAUCUCGUCUUUUUACGCCGUCGCUUUAGUAAACACUGCAGUUGAGUGGUCGGCUUGUCUAAUGUCGGUUUAAGGCGGGAAUGCAGGAAGGAGUCAAAUCCAUGGCACCAUGACUCCUGCAGCUCUGCCUCCAGGUUUCUGCUGCUGUCACAGGAAAAUCUGGUUGCAUUCGGCAGCAGCAGGAGAGUUUUAAACUGCUUUCAAAGGAUAAUGUGGACGGUUGAGCAAAAUGAAUAGAUACACAAACAUAAGACAGCUCGGAGACGGCACCUACGGCUCAGUCAUUCUGGGCCGCAGUUUGGAGUCCGGAGAACUAGUUGCCAUAAAAAAGUGAAAUGAAAAGAAAGUUCUACUCUUGGGAAGAAUGCAUGAACCUUCGGGAAGUAAAGUCCCUGAAGAAACUCAACCACGCUAAUGUCAUCAAACUCAAGGAGGUGAUUCGCGAAAACGACCACUUGUACUUCAUAUUUGAGUACAUGAAAGAAAAUCUGUAUCAGCUGAUGAAAGACAGGACUCGGUUGUUUCCCGAAUCUGCUGUAAGAAAUAUUAUGUUUCAGAUCCUGCAGGGGCUAGCAUUCAUCCAUAAACACGGGUUUUUCCACAGAGACAUGAAACCAGAGAACCUUUUAUGCAUGGGCCCAGAGCUGGUGAAAAUAGCGGACUUUGGGCUUGCUCGUGAAAUCAGAUCUCGGCCUCCAUACACUGACUACGUCUCCACUAGAUGGUACAGAGCUCCAGAGGUGCUCCUCAGAUCCACAUCCUACAGUUCACCCAUAGAUCAGUGGGCAGUGGGCUGCAUCAUGGCCGAGCUUUACACCCUCAGACCUCUGUUCCCAGGAUCCAGCGAGGUGGACACCAUAUUCAAGAUAUGCCAAGUACUGGGUACACCAAAGAAGACAGACUGGCCAGAGGGAUAUCAGCUGGCCAGUGCCAUGAACUUCCGCUGGCCUCAGUGCGUUCCCAGUAACCUGAAGACUCUGAUCCCAAAUGCCAGCGCCGAAGCCAUCCAUCUAAUGACCGACUUCCUUCAGUGGGAUCCCAGGAAGAGACCAGCUUCUGCACAGGCUCUCAGGUAUUCAUAUUUCCAUGUAGGUCAAGCUUUGGGCACUCCUCAGCAGAUCCUGGAGCAGGGACGGCCUCAGCGCAGCCUUGUGCAGCUCCAGUCCCAGCAGAACCUCCUGCAGCAGCAGCAGCAGCAGCAGCCUCUGCUGUUGAAGCCUCUGCCGCCCUCCCAGCCCCCUCCAAACCAGCACACUUCCCCCUCCAGACCUCUCCAUCAGAUCCAGCCCUCCCCUGCAUCAGCAACAACCCCGGCCGCCGCGUACCAGCGGCACGCGGAUCUCCCUCGAGAGCAGCAGCCAAAGCACAUCCUGAAGCAGGACCAACUGGAGACAACCCCACAGAGACACCUUCCUUUUAUUGUUGACAACAGCCUGCAACACAAGCAAAUGAGGCAGGAGCCAGAAAAUGAAAACUUACUAAGUUAUCAGCUAAAGGCCAAAGGAGGAGGGCGGCGGCGCUGGGGUCAGGGCGUAGGAAGCCUGAAAGGAGAGGACUGGGACGACUAUGACGAGGUUGAUGUAUCGUCUAUUCUUGGAAAAAACAGCUUCUCCUCUGAGAAGACGAUGCAGGGAGAAGACGCUCUGAGCAGGUAUGGAAAAGUUCUGGAUUUCAGUCGGCCUAAUGGAAAAGAAGAAGCGCCGUUAAACCUGAACAAGACUGGACCCUAUCAGGAACCAUCCAGAACCGCCUCUGCUAAACAACACUACCUGAGACAGUCGAGAUUUUUACCUGGCAUUAGUACAAAGAAGAAUGUGGCUCAAAAUGUUAGUAAGGAUCUUGCAGCAAACCAACUUUGGGGUAGCAGUAGUAUUCCAUUUGGAGGAACUCUUCCAAGCAGAGGAGCUUACGGUAAAGUCCCCUUCAUUCCUGCAUCGUGUAGAUCCUCUCGUCUGAUUAUUGUGACUUCUUUUUAUUCAGGGACAAACACAAUCCCUGGUGGAUACAUGCCGUCAUUCAGCAAGGACAGCGGCUCUGCUGGCCACAGGGGGCGGCAGGGCGUUGCUACGGAAACCACAGCAUCAAAUUAUGCAACGUGGAGGUCUGGCCGAAGUCACCUGAAUGCAUCUGUCAACACGCCGACCGCCAACAAGAGCACACCUGGUCUGCUGCCCCGCCCUCCCCUGCAGACAAUUCACGGGCGGACAGACUGGUCAGCCAAAUACGGACACCGUUAGUAGCUUCUGGAGCUCUAACCUAUGCCCGAAGAACUCUUUCCACACCCAAAGAGUAGGCUUAGUUCUUUUUAUACUCUAAAUCUGUAAAUAAAUCUUACACAGCAAUAACUUUUGUUUUUGUGUCAACCACGGACGUUGUGACUUGUGAAAUAUUUAAAGGUGUGGAUAAAUGCAGCCAACAAGAUGUGAGUCUGGACGUGUUUUACUGCAUCUUUCUAUGAUCCUUUGUGUCCUGGAGAAGCUACACCCUCAGUUUUGUUUCCAGUUGCUGAAUGCUCAGUGUGUAUUCUUGAAGCUGUAUGCAUAUAUGCUGUUAUAAAAAUGUUUACUGUGCUUUGUAUUUGUCAAUCUGUUGCUUUUCAUGUUUUCUUUCAAAACAAUGUAUUUUUUAAAUUAUACCUGCCUUGCCAAGUA